GUCACAAAUCUAAGAUUUGAAUCCUCGUAGCUUAUAAGUUUUAAUUUCAAGAAUGAUCACAUUGAUAAGUCGUUUAUUGUUCCCUCGUUCUCUAUUGGCGGAUAUCUACCUACAUUGCUUGAGUCUUCAUGAUGUCAUAUUAUCUUACUACAUACAUCAGCCAAGUCCCGACAUAAGGGCAGUGCUUAAUACCCCACGCAUAAACUCCGCUGAAGCCGACAUCGAGCCGCAUGAUUUCUUGUCUUAAACGUUCACCAGAAUCCUUUGUGACGCAAGAGGCGCGCGCCCAUAACAGCAUUGGUAGUUCAGUGCAAUAUACUGUACCUAACGCUAGUCAGGAACCAAGCUGCCUUAUGUAAAUAAUGGCAACUCUGUCACUGGAAGAAGAAGAUCCCCCGCCCUACAUCCCAGAGAAUCGGAAUGACGGAGACGAUGUACUUCAGCCUGCCAUCUUCGUACUUGACGGCCAUUACAUCCGUGCCCAAACCGCCGACGGUGCUCCGUUAUACGAACUCUCUCGCGAUGUUAGGAGAUCACCAACAAGCGAGGCCCAGCUUGCCCAAGUGACACUCGAACGUCUAAUUCGCAAUGUAAGGAUAAGCACAAACGGUACGCCUCGGGUCAUACACCGCAGCCGCCACAUAUUCAAGCUCAAGCAUCUACCUCCCGUAAUAUCUACCGGAUUCCCUUACGUCUUGGAUGCCAUAUCGCGACAUGCCAUCGGGAACCUCGCGCUUAAACCUGCAUCCUUCCCUCGAUCGGGAUAUAAGGUGGUAAAGACCAAACCCGAGAAGGAGAGCGGAUUCCCUAAAGGAUAUCGAGCCAGAAAGGAGUCGUUGAAGGGGGACGAAGUGAUAUUCGAUAUACUCAAGAAACGCGAUCAUUAUGAGUGGAUGCACCCUAUCGACGGGAGUCGUAUCGCGGUAGAAGAUGAGAUGGAGAACCAGCACAGACUGAUAGUCACGACCCCUAUCACGCGGAAGAUGAUGGAUGCCAUGGUAGCUAGUUGGACCUUACGAAUUUGGCGUGACGGUAUGAAAUCGCAUGGUGAGCCGCGGAAAGCACUCAAGACCGAAGUACCGAGCGUACGAGAAGUUCUCCCAAGGUGGUGGUAACUAGAAUGGUGAAAUCAAAGAGUGGUAGUGGCGUUAGGGUCAUGUCUCGAACACUUACCUGAUUUAUAGGUAGGCGACAAAGGAGGGGGGGUAACCAUAACGCCUACACAGUUCUGAAGCCGAAGCAAAGCCGGUUUCUCAGCCCUACAUCCCGAAUUUUGAGAAGCCCCGGGCCGGGCAAAGGGUCUCGGGGACUUUAUUUGACCACGGAGUUAUAUGUCCACGAUAUUGACGACAUUUACGACAUUUAUAUGUUUUCCCUUGCAAGCUGUAUAUAUUAAAAUUGUUUAGGUACCUAAGUAGGGACGCUUGAUGUAAUCAAAUUCAGUCCACGAUUUAUCCCCUUGCUCCCCCACACCAUCCCAUCUACGACGGGACAUGUUAUAACCCAAAAAUAGCUACAAAUAUCAAAAUAACUAUUCGUCCGAGCACGUCGCUAAACUUCUUAAACUUCAACGUAGCUAGCUAACUAAUUUAAGCUGACGAAACAGUUUCUUUCUUGGUUCUAACGAAUAAGAUAUCAGCACUGGCAACCUUGGCGCCAAGGUGAUCAUCGUCGGCGGUUGAGAUUUGAAACGUCCCAAUAUUGGUGCUUCACUCAAUGAGGGUUUCAAAUAGUCUGGGCAGUCGUAACUGGGGAUGGGGAAAUGAACUCGACGACUAGUUGAGAUGUAUUAAAACGGAUGGCGUCUGCAGAAUGUUUCUCGAAAUCUUCACCUGCGC